GGGCCUGUCGAUCUCAUGCAAGGUAUUUGAUUGGUGAUCUGAUGCAUGUGCUCUACGAGCCCCUACCCAAGAUACCCCCUAAUUCUAUAGGGUGGAUCGAGCGCUUAGUGUAUUCGAUCUCUGAGCCCCAUCCCUGGUACCCGAGUGGGACCUCAUAG